GCCCCUGGGCCGACCAGCGGCCUAGACCGACCCCGCCGUGGGACCUAGCCACCCGAGCUCCAGUUUCGCCGACCAGGACCGAGGUGAACAGACAUAACGAUGGUAGAUACGCAACACUUUUGCCUGCGAUGGAACAACUACCAGAGCAGCAUAACGUCAGCCUUUGAGAACCUGCGAGAUGACGAGGACUUCGUGGACGUCACUCUGGCCUGCGAUGGCAAGAGCCUCAAAGCACAUCGAGUGGUACUCUCGGCGUGCAGCCCCUACUUCCGGGAGCUGCUCAAGAGUACACCGUGCAAACACCCGGUGAUAGUACUCCAGGAUGUGGCGUUCAGCGACUUGCACGCCCUGGUAGAGUUCAUCUACCAUGGCGAGGUCAACGUCCACCAGCGGUCCCUCAGCAGCUUCCUGAAGACCGCCGAGGUCCUCAGGGUAUCCGGACUGACGCAGCAGGCCGACCAGAAGGACAGGGAUGAGUUGUCCCACGUGCGCGCAUUGGCGGCGGGCGGGAACCACUUGGGGGCGCAGGAGAAGCUGGGCUCGGAGGAGAGGUUCCCCCGGGGCGGGUCGCCCCCGACGCCGGCGACGCCCAUGCCGACGACGGUCCAGCAGCUGCUGAGGAGGGCGCAGAUCCGCAGGAACGAGAGGCGCACCCCGGACAUCCACGAGGAGUCGGUCAAGCGACCCAGGUGGCCCUCGCCACCCCUCAACAACAACGACGCCACCCCGACCGACUUCUCGAUGGUGAAGAACAACCACCUGGCCAAGGUCGAGGGGAACGGCGUCGCCGAGGACCCCAUCCAGCUGGACGAGACCAUCAAGACGGAGCCGCUCGAGCUGACCGGGGGCAACGGGGGCAACGGGGGCCCCAACGAGGACUCCUCCGACUCGGGGGCGGCCGCCUCCGACAAGCCCCCCGCCUCCGCCAGCAGCAACGAGCACGAACCCGAGCCCGAACACCCUCCGACCUCCAACUUCCUCCCCGAGAGCAAGCUCUUCGGCUCCACCCCCGGCAGCUUCAACUUCAGCAUGGCGGCCCUGGCCACCGACCACACGCCUCUCUCGGGUCUUGGCCAUGGACUGCAGACACCGGACCUGGCGGGCACGUCGCAAGACCAGGAGGUCGCAGAGGAGGACGGGGGUUGGCAGUCCGAUACGAGGAACGAGGACCACCAGAGUCAGACCGCCAUGACGGACCGAAGUCCACCUAGUCAGCCCAUGGACGACGCCGAGGACCAGAAGCCGAAUUGCGAGCUGCUCCACCAGGAGCUCCCGAUAAUCGACCUGCUGGACGACAUCGGCGACGGCAUGCAGAUCGUCCUCAAGUCGGAGCCCCUGUCGCCGAAGCUGGACAUCGUCGACGAGCUGGAGUCCCAACUGGCGGAGGAGUCGGAGUACGUGGUCGAGAGGAGACUGGCGGCCACGCAGAGGAAAUACCGAGGAAAACGCCCACCGGGACCGGAGGCGACCUCGGCAGAGUCCAGCAGCGCCUCCCAGGAUGCCCAGCGACCCCUGCCCAAUCUCCAGGAGGUGGCCAGGAGGCAGGUGGACCCCGACAUGGGCGCCGGUCACAGAGGCAGCAGUGCCACGUACUGCAGCUUCUGCCAGAAGACCUUCUCCAGGGCCUGGUCCCUCCAGAGGCACCUGGCGGACACGCACUUCUACGUGCCUCAGUCCCUGGCCUGCGACCAGUGCGGUAGGAGUUACAAGUCCAGGAACAGCCUGGUCAGCCACAAGAGUCAGUACCACGGCAGGAAGGACAGGAAGGAGCAGGAGACCCAGUUCGAGAUCACGUUCUCAUGAAGCUAGACCCAAGGACCCCCGCGGAUAGGGACGUCGGUCCCCGGU